AUAAUCUGUGCGUGUGUCCUGCACCGAAGUGUCCAUGACCAACCUGCCAUCACACAGCAGAGACUGUCUGUCCACACGGAGCAGGGCUGACGGAGGAGAAGAACCCCGCAGCCAGGAGCACCUCGCCCGGGCCACAGUCUGGUGUUGUGUGUGUCUGUUAGGUCCCAAAGGAUUCAAAAAUGGCUCUGUCAUUCCUUUUGGUCUUGGCUGCCACCGUGAUCCUUAUCAGACCUGAGACGCCUUUAACUAAGGCCUCACAUCAGAACUCACUCGAGUGCUGCAGUGACAAACUGAGAGGGAACAACUCGUGUUCCAACGACACUCACUGUGAACCCGGCUGCUUCCUGCGUGUCCUUGAGAACAGCAACACUGUUUGUAUCAUCUGUGACUCCGCCUCCGUGGACCUUGAAAACAUAACAGUGUGCAGCUACAACUACACAAUGGAUCGGAAGAAUCACACAACUGUAACCACUGUCAUUCCUAAAAUUGGAGGGCCAGGUGUGGCAGCGUCUCUUCUCCUGGGAACACUGUUGAUCAGCCUGUUCCUUAUCUUGUCUGUUGCCUCCUUCUUCUACCUCAAACGCUCCAACCGACUUCCAGGCAUCUUUUACCGUCGCAACAAAGCCUUCAUUUUCCAACCAAGUGAGACAGCUGUCAUGAUUCCGUCCUCCUCAGUGAGAAAACCAAGAUACGUCAGAAGGGAGCGUCCCUCUGGGACAUCAACAGUGAAAAGUAUCACCAUACCCACCACGUCCACCACUCAAGUCUAUAAUGUGUAGGGGGGGGCAGUGUGGGUGCAGGUAGGAGAGAAACCUCAGGAAAGAUUUUCUUCUCAAGGGUGUAGAAAUACUAGGUGGCCAAAUGUAACUGUAACUGCAGGCGGUGCGUCUUACUGACACAGCUUCUCGUUGACUGGAUCAUAUUAUAUUGAUAUUUACUAAAACAUCCCAGUAAUAAUAGUUUCUGUAUAUCUCCGUAAAUGUGAAGCAUCGCAGUUCAGUUUGUAUUUCCCCAUCAUGCAGCCCUGCUGUGAUGAAAAGACUCAUCACUCAGGAUCACUCCUUGUUUUUCAGUCUAAAAACUUAGAUGAAGCAGUAUCUGUGGACCCGUCUGUUAAAGUAUUAAUGGAACAUUUAGGGGAGCAUGUGUUCCCUGGUCACGCUUUAGAGAAGAGGAUUGAUACCAGUCUGAGACCUAUAUGGAUAAAUAUGAGGGUAAAGUCUGUAGCUAUUGAGCUCAGCAUAAAGACUGGAAACAGCUCGCCAGGCUCUGUCCAUCCCCAUCACCAGCACCUCCAAAUCUCACUAAUAAACACGAUUAAAACUGCAGAAGUGGAAAAACAACACUUCACAAUCUUAGGGGGAGUUAUGCUCCAAACUGUUUCUUCUCUGUGAUUGGUUGCAAGGGCACUUUCUGUUGUGUGUGGAUCAAACAAAGAAGAUUGACUGUGUUUAAUAAGUGAACUUUAAAGGUGCUGAAGAUGAAUUGUGCUUUCUUUGGACAGAGCCACACUCUCUGUUUCCAGUCUUUAUCUGAAUCUAAGCUGCAUCUCCUGGCUGCAGGCUGACUUUGCACUGACAGACUUGAGACUGGUAUCGUGCCGGUCACCUUGGUUAUUGUUUUAAGUGACAGGGUUCAUAAAUACACUGAUCGGCCUGCUUUAGAGGAAUCGAGCCAGCAACUAAGUUAAGUAACAAUAACGCUAAUCUUUUAGAGAAACUGACAGCCCAGUGACAUUUAUUGGAAGCUUGUUUUUUCUUAGUUUUGUGAGUGUCAUAUUUAUUUGCACUGAAUUUUACUGAUUAGACCAAGAGAAUGAAUUGUGUCUGAUGAUGUAAGAAUGCUUCUGGUGGACCGGGACAUUGUAGUGAGAGUUGAUGUUGCCGCUGUAUUGAUAAUUGCUCAAUUGACUUUGUAUUUUUAUUGUUGUUUUUGAAUUAGCUAUUUUUGUGAUCUCAAGCAAGUUGAAUGUAUUUUACACGGACAAAUCCUGCAUAGCAAUUACAUGGAUUAUUUACUACGUUCCAUUUACUACACACACAUAUAGUGUGUCAUCAUUUUAACUACAAACUCCAGUUUUUUUCCAUAGGAAGUUUUACCAUCCUGCAAAAACGUUUUAAAU